GGGCCGGUCUGUGGGGGUGCGGCGGCCGGCGCGUUUUGCGACGUGCACUCGUCCUACGGCCUCUUGCAUGUUAAACGCAACGACGUCGGCGCGGCGAUCUGGCACCUGAACGCCUCGCUUGGAUGCGUGUACACGAGCUACAAGGCGUACACCACGCUGCUGGCAGUGUACGACCACCUCCACCGGGCGGCGCCCGCCAACGCGACGCUCUACGAGGACAUGGCUUCCACGCAGGCAGCCAUAGGCGGGCGCUCGGACUUGAACGCCGCGGGGCUCUACCGUGAAGCGGCGCGGCUCCAUUUGCGCGCCGGAUCGCCACGGCGCGCGAUCGCCGCGUUGGCCGCGGCUCCGCGCGGCGACCGAGACGGUGUCGCCGCUUGUUUCAUCGGGUAUUGGGAGGGCAAGGCGAUCCUCGAGGAGGCGACCAGCGGGCGCGAUGCCCCGCGGCGGCGGUUGCGUGCAUAUCGCCAGGCGCUCGAAGCUUUCCGCAGCGUUGGAGCUUGCGACAGCCACCCGGCUACGGCGGAGGCGGCCGAAGCCGAGGCGGAACAGCUGGAGCAAGCUCUGGGCUCGCUCCUAUUGCCAGGCUCCGGCUCCCGCUCCGGCUCCGGUGGCGGCACGCUGUGAGCAUGGCACUGAUUUGGUCCGUCCGGCGUUCCGGCGUCACGAGGCGCAUUUCGUCACUUUUGAGCGACGGAGAGAGAGAGACGGAGUCGGAGAGCGGAUUCGAGCACCGAGAAGAGGGGCACGCGCGGGCAGACUGUACGUGUACGUGUCUCGCCGCUAUACGUUGGCAUUUUAGUACCGGGGAGGUGUACGACGUCGGCGCGCAGCGCGCGCUACCCGC